AUGAUGGACGGAGGCCGGUUGGAACAGUAUUACAACACGUGCGCGGGUAGUCCGGUGGAGCUGCCCAACCAGAACUACUUGAGCGGGUUGAUUGCGGCUGCCGACGUCGUGCAGCUAGAGAAGAAGAAUAAGCCUAAGAUUGAAGUGUUGGCCGUGGAGACGAUUGUACCGUCCACGCCAGUCGCAGCGGUGCUGCCGAUUGAGGAAACGGUUAUUGAAGAGAUCCCAAUCGCUAUGGAGGAGGAACAUCUGUACGAGGUGGACAUAGAUGGUGAGGUCAUCAGCAUCGUGGACGAAUCGAUGCCGGAAGACGAAGGAGACGACGACGAGGUUGAGAGUGUCUACAGCGAUGUGGUCGUGGACAAGAUUGCGCUGCCGAAAGCGGAGGUCGUCAAACCGAUUGGAAAGGUAGAACCUUCGGUGAAAGAACCACAACUCGCAAUCAUUCCUCAAGCGACACCAAAGCUGGACCAACCGAGCACGUCCUACCACGUUCCGCGACCCACCGUGAUGGACCCCAGGUCGUGCCAUGUUUGCUUCACGCACUUCACAGAAGCUAAGCAACUCGUCCUUCAUCUUAACUCCCACGCCGGAAUGCUCCCGUACCGGUGCGAACGGUGCCACACCGACGGAACGCCCCACCAGCAGAUUGAAACGGUGGCCGCGCUCAACGACCAUGUCGGCCGGCACCAGUUCCCGUUUCAGUGUGGCUUCUGCGACAAACGCUUCGCCAGCGAGCAGGCUCUGUUUGAGCACAUGCGAGCCCUGCACGAAAGCGAACCGGAGCCGGAAACGGGCGGAUUCACGUGCAAGACGUGCGGCCAGCAGUUCGCCAAGCGGGCCCUCUACCGGCACCACAUGAUCCGCCACGAGGCACUCGAGGACGAACGGUUCCGGUGCGAAGACUGCGGUCGCAUCUUCGGAUCGGCGCUGCUGCUGCGUCUGCACCGCAAAAUUCACACGGGUGAGUGGAAAGGCUUUUUAUGCAAUAGGGCCAUGCCGUACGGGAUUCUCAGCCGGCGGCAGCACAAAAACACGGACGGCUAG